AAGGGACUUGCAUAUGUUGAAUUCGAAAAUGAGGCACAGGCCUCACAAGCUGUGAUUAAAUUGGAUGGUACCAAGAUUAAAGAACACACAAUUAAAGUGGCAAUUAGCAAUCCUCCUUUGAGAAAACAGCUAGAAACUGCACAGUCUAAUAGGCCUAUGAUGCCACGACAAAUGUAUGGAGCAAGAGGAAGAGGAAGAACCCAAGUGGCCCUUUUGCCCCGUUCCCUGCACCGUCAGAAUGCUCCAGCUGCCACAAAAACAGAAAAUGGUACCCCUCAAGCACAGUCGGGGUCUUUGCCUGGAGGUGAAGGGGAGUCCAAGAAAAUGUCAAAUGCAGACUUUGCCCGAUUGUUGCUUCAAAAGUAA